AGAAUAUAUAAAUGAACUAUUGGAGGCCAAUAGCAAAGGGGGUAAAGUGAUGUGUGCUGGGACGUUCUUAAAUACAAGAUCAUGGGAUUCUGCACUUCUAGCUGCUGGUACUACACUAUCAGCAAUGAAACAUAUACUUGAGGGGCUUUGCAAAACUGCUUACGCAUUGGUUAGGCCACCUGGUCAUCAUGCGCAACCUUUUCAAGCCGAUGGGUAUUGUUUCCUCAAUAACACGGGCCUUGCUGUUCAAUUUUCUUUGGAUUCUGGUUUUGAAAAGGUUGCCGUAAUUGACAUUGAUGUUCACUAUGGGAAUGGGACUGCGGAGGGGUUUUAUCGUUCUGAUAGAGUUCUUACAAUUUCUCUUCAUAUGAAUCAUGGUUCGUGGGGUCCAUCCCAUCCACAGAGUGGAGCAGUAGAUGAGAUUGGUGAAGGAGAGGGGUUUGGGUAUAAUUUAAAUGUACCUCUACCAAAUGGAACAGGGGAUAGAGGAUAUGAAUACGCAAUGACAGAGUUGGUUGUUCCUGCUGUUCAGAAGUUUGAACCUGAUAUGAUGGUGCUGGUUGUUGGCCAAGAUUCGAGUGCUGUAAGUUUCUUCGCUUAUUACUUAAUUAAUAUCUUCAUUUGGGAGCAUGUUCCAGACAGACUUAUAGAAUUGAGGACUAUAUUGCAACUACGGAAUUGAUUCAGAACAAUGAGCUGCAUAAAUAUAAAUUCUGAGAAAAUGAUAAAUCAUUUAUACUUUAUAUAUCAAAUGUGAACAGAUGUGGAUGCUUUUUAACAGACAUGCAGUAGCAGAAGAAGAAAAUUGGACACCUUAGAUAUAUUGUUAUGAAGUUUCUAUGCAUGUAUUUCAGUUCGACCCAAAUGGAAGGCAAUGCUUGACAAUGUAUGGUUAUCGGGAGAUCGGGCGGAUAGUUCAUAGCCUCGCUGAUAGGCACAGCAAUGGGCGCCUUCUUAUCGUCCAAGAAGGUGGAUAUCAUGUUACGUACUCAGCUUAUUGUCUUCAUGCAACACUUGAAGGUGUGCUCAAUCUGCCAUUUCCUUUAUUAUCUGAUCCUAUUGCCUAUUACCCAGAAGACCAGGCCUUUGCCAUCAAAGUUGUUGAAUCUAUUAAAAAGUACCAAAAAAAUGCUGUACCAUUCUUAAAAAGCAUUUGAUCAGGAGGUUUCUUCUCUAAAAGCUUAUCCUCCAUUUCAGUUGUCGAGUAUAUUGUACUGUUCUAUUGGUAACCGGGUCCGUGUUGAACAGUUUGCCUAAAUUUUUCUGUGAAUAUGGCCUCCUUCCCUCUCCAUUGAGCACACUCAGGUGAAGGUAUAGGCAGGGGAGCGAGUGGCAUCACUAUAGCAUCUCUAACAGGUGCGAGCAAGCUGACGUUAUACGAAUUGGUAAGAUGCCAUUUGUUGGGAAUGUGGGGAUCUUUGAUAUUUUGUAUGGCAUGCACUAUUUGAGUAUUGAAAUGUUCAGGCAGUAGGUAUUCCAUUGUCUCGAUUAUUGAUCUAUCAGUUCAGCUACUGUCGUGAGGAGUGUAUCCACUCCUUCCAGUUGGACUCUGAAGUUAGGAAGGUAGGGCACCCAUGGCUCAGUCGAUAUGUUUAUUUACUCUCCACUUUUGACAGAAUAACAAAGCACCUUGCUUGACUAUGGUACUACAUUCCAGAAUGUGCUUCCAAAUGGAUGAGUCCUGUGAUUAUUUGUGUACAUGUAGG